AUGGCUUCGCAGUCGACAUUACGGUAUUCCGAUCCCAUCGGCGCGCUCUAUCAAAGAUACGCGAAUCUCAUUCGUAGUCGAAUCCAGGGAGUCUCGAAAGCAACAAAACUUCUGGCCACAUUAUUCCUUACCCUUUCUAUCAUAUGCGGAGGUACUUUUGGUCAUGGAUGGUGGCAGAAACGAGCAGCAGAGAAAGAGCAAGGGAAAAGAUUACAUCGCCGGAAUUCCGGGCUUAAGAAUAAAGAUGGAUCGAGGGUGGUAUUCGUACCAUAUAAAGAUACAACUUCCAAAGUCACCAUAAAUCCUACGAAACCUUUGACUUUUGAUGCUCAUAGAAGGCUUUUCCUGAAUCCACCUCGAGCUUCUGGACUCACGGAUGGUCAAACUCCGCAGAUUCCACCUCCGCAAACGAAGCCGGGCUUGAAUUUGGCCUUUUUACAUCAAUUCCUGAGUCUUUUGAGUAUAAUGAUACCGAGAUGGUCAAGUAAAGAGACUGGUUUACUUGUGAGCCAUGGUGUCUUUUUGUUGCUUCGAACAUACCUGUCACUGGUUGUGGCACGAUUGGAUGGUGUGAUUGUUCGAGAUUUGGUUGCAGGUAAUGGAAAAGCCUUCACUUGGGGCAUCAUAAAGUGGUGUGGCAUUGGAGGCUUGGCUUCUUACACGAAUGCUAUGAUUAAAUUCCUCCAAUCCAAAGUCUCAAUCGCUUUCCGUACACGCCUGACAAGAUAUAUUCACGAUUUGUACCUUAAUGAUAACCUCAACUACUACAAACUUUCAAAUCUUGAUGGUGGCGUUGGGCAAGGCGCGGAUCAAUUUAUUACACAGGAUCUGACUCUCUUCUGUGAAUCGGCAGCUAGUCUAUACUCAUCGUUAGGUAAACCUUUCGUUGAUCUAUGUGUUUUCAACUAUCAGUUAUACCGAUCCUUGGGACCAUUGGCUUUGACUGGUUUAAUGACAAAUUACUUUUUGACGGCCUCGAUACUUCGACGACUUUCACCACCAUUUGGAAAAUUGAAGGCCGUUGAAGGACGUAAAGAAGGAGAUUUCCGAGGGCUUCAUGCUCGCCUCAUUGCAAAUGCGGAAGAAGUAGCAUUCUAUGGAGGGGCCGAUAUGGAGAAGAUUUUCUUAGAUAAAGAGUUCAAAAGUCUCAAAAAGUGGAUGGAAGGGAUAUACACCCUCAAAAUCCGCUACAACAUACUUGAAGAUUUUGUUCUCAAGUACAGUUGGAGCGCAUAUGGCUAUCUGCUGAGUUCGUUACCAGUAUUUCUUCCCGCAUGGGGUGGUCUUGGUGGAGUUCAGGAAUUGGCCGACAUUUCUGUGGUUGGUGGUCGAGAAAAAGGUCGGAUGAGGGAGUUCAUCACAAACAAAAGACUCAUGUUAUCAUUAGCCGAUGCUGGUGGUCGUAUGAUGUAUUCAAUCAAGGAUCUUUCAGAAUUAGCGGGAUACACUAGUCGAGUCUAUACGCUGAUAUCAACUCUUCAUCGAGUUCAUGCAAACGCAUACUUUCCUCCUCGAAAUGCCCAAGCUGAACUUUAUUCUCUAUCUGACGUACAAGGAACAAUCCAGAAAGGUUUUGACGGUGUACGAUUGGAGAAUGUACCAGUGGUAGCCCCUUCAGUGUACCCUCAUGGCGGAGAAGAGCUGAUAGAUUCUCUGUCCAUGGUCGUUCACUCUGGAGAACAUUUACUUAUCUCCGGCUCAAACGGUGUAGGUAAAAGCGCCAUCUCUCGUAUCGUCGCUGGACUUUGGCCCGUCUACCGAGGCCUCGUCUCUCGACCUCGAACAACCGGCACAGAUGGGAUUAUGUUCCUUCCCCAACGUCCAUAUCUUAGCGUCGGCACUCUACGUGAUCAAGUCAUUUAUCCUGACGGUGAACUCGAAAUGCGUUCCAAAGGCCGUCGCGACAUCGAACUAAAACAUAUACUCGAAGAAGCACGUCUAGGCUACCUCCCCGAUCGAGAAGGUGGAUGGGACACGAGGAAAGAAUGGAAAGAUGUGCUAAGUGGAGGUGAAAAACAACGUAUGGCUAUCGCAAGAUUACUAUACCAUGAACCAAGAUAUGCAUUUAUAGAUGAAGGCACCAGUGCCGUAUCAAGCGACGUUGAAGGUUUACUGUAUGAAACCUGUAAAGGAAAAGGCAUCACAUUGAUCACGAUAUCAACAAGAGCAAGUUUGAAGAGAUAUCAUACUUUUAAUCUCACACUAGGAUUAGGAGAUGAGGGUACGGAAUGGGAAUACGAGAGGAUCGGGACGGAGAGGGAAAAAAUGGGAGUAGAAAGGGAAUUGCAGGAGUUGAGGGAGAGGAUGGAGAUGGAAAGGGCGUGGGAAGAAAGGAUGAAGAAGAUUGAGAGUGAAUUAGAGGAGGUUUGGGUAGAGGGUGGUGAGAGGUUGGAGGGACCAAAGUAUAGUGAGGUGGGGGUUGGAGAUGAAGAUGGACAUGGAGAUGAACAUGAACAUGGUGCUAAGGAGGAGGAAGGGAAUGAAGCUGGAACUUUCGAGGUUGAAGUCAAAGACGAGGCAUAUAUGUGUAUAGUGAGUGAGGUGAUGCGUAGCAAUAGAAUGGAAAUGUUGAGAUAUGGUGUUGUGAGCAUGGGAGGAGAGGAGGGGAAGGAGGGGUCAACAAAGUGA